AUGGGCGCGAAAAACCUCACCGACGUCGAGCGGGAGGCCGUCCUGCGAGAAGUCUUCCUCAAGAGCAAUGCUCGGGCCAAGAAACAAGGGGUGGCCGACGGCAACAUGUCCGCUUCCGUUGCAAGCAAGAAGAAAGGGCGUGUUGGACGGAAAAAGGCAUACACUACCGAGCAAGUAAAGACCAAAUUGUUGGAAGUUCCUUUGGAGGAUCGCACAUCGUUGCGAUCUAUUGCUGAAAAGACAGGAAUCAAGUUGGCCACGCUCCAUAGAUACUUGCGGCUUGGCAUGUUUCGCGCGCACUCAAGUUCCAUCAGGCCAAUGCUUACGGACGCCAACAAGUACGCACGCUUGAAAUACGCUGCCAACAAGGUUGGCCCAGACAUGAUGAUGGAUGCGAUGCUGGACUGCGUUCACCUCGACGAAAAAUGGUUCUAUAUUACGCGGGAGACACGUAAAUUCUACCUUGUUCCUGGUGAAAAGGGUCCCGAUCGAAAGUGCAAGAACAAGCGGUUUAUUACGAAGGUUAUGUUUCUUAGCGCGGUUGCCCGUCCACGCUACGUGGAUGAGACAGACCAGUGGUGGGAUGGCAAGAUAGGGACGUGGCCGUUCACGGCGGUCGUACCUGCCAUGCGCACAAGUGUCAAUCGGGUGGCCGGCUCCCUUGAAACCAAAUCGAUCAACGUCACGAAAGAUGUCUAUCGUUCGUUUCUUGUCGACCGUGUGCUCCCUGCCAUCGUCUCCAAGUGGCCGGGUCCGCCUUCCGUAAGGUUACAACAUGACAAUGCCCGCGCCCACGUUACCUCUUGCGAUGCCGCUCUCUGCCGUGUGUUUGAUUCUUACGCCGUCCAAGGGUGGCAAUUCGAGUUGGUGGCGCAGCCUCCAAACUCGCCCGACACUAAUGUCCUCGAUCUUGGGUUUUUUGCCGCGAUUCAGUCUCUACAGCACCGUAAGUCAGCUCGUACAAUUGAUCAACUUGUUUCGAACGUCGUUCGUGCCUUCGACGAGUACCCACUGGAGGGUCUUGAACGGACGUUCUUGACGCUUCAGGCGUGCUUGAUUGAGGUCCUACGUGACGGAGGUGACAACACCUUCAAGAUCCCGCAUCAGUCGAAGGACAAGUUGGCUCGAAAGGGGCGCUUACCGUUGAACGCAACAUGUCCGAUGGACGUGUACGAGACCGCGAAGCUGAAGCUGCGAUCUUCUGACGCGGCGGCCAUGGAACGCAAGAUGGCAGACGAAGUGUGCGAAGCACGGGAAGCAUAG